AUGUAGGACGCCUAGAAACUUUAAAAAUUAUCUUAACUUCCAAAAAACUUCUCAGAUUGGUAAGUUGGAGAUGAUUAUGAGAUAAUCCGGUAGAUAGGAUCAGGAUCAUAUGGGUAAGUUGUAGAAGCUAUGUAAAAAUCUACUAAUAAGAAAGUCGCUAUUAAGAGGUACAAUAUAAAUUUAUAUAUUUAAGAUUGACUGCAAUAUUUGAUGAUGAAAUUGAUUGCAAAAGAAUUUUAAGGGAAAUUUGCAUUUUGAGGGAAUUGAAGCAUCAAAAUUUAAUUCAAAUCAUAGAAAUUCUAGAACCAUAAGAUCCGAAAUCAUUUGAUACAAUAUAUGUUGUUAUGGAGUAUGCUCAAGUAAUUAUUUGCACUAUCAAAGAGUGACUUAAAAAAAUUAUUCAAAUCCCCAAUCCAUUUAUAAUUUCUGCACAUCCAAACUAUUGUUUAUAAUAUAUGUGUAGGUCUCAAAUAUUUGCAUUCUGCUAAGGUUUUACAUAGAGACUUAAAGCCAGCAAAUGUUCUAUUAAAUGAAGAUUGCACGGUUAAGAUUUGCGAUUUUGGUUUAGCCAGAAGUGUUCAAGGUGCUCAAUUAUCUUUAUUAUUUUCUAGGAAUUGAUGCUACUGAUUAGGCAUUGGAAGAAGAACUAGCUAGGUAAUAGGAAGAACCUAAAAAGAAAGAUGAGAAAAAAGGACCUAGAAUGCUCUAAAAAUAAAACAAAUUAAACGCAAAAGCUGUAAAAAGAGAGUUAACUGGUCAUGUAGUAACUAGAUGGUAUAGAGCCCCAGAAGUUAUUUUGUUGGAAAAAGAUUAUACUGCAGCUAUUGAUGUUUGGUCUGUGGGUUGUAUCUUUGCUGAAUUGUUAAAUAUGAUGAAAGAAAAUGCGCCAACAUUUUUAGAUAGAGCACCUCUAUUUCCUGGAACCAGUUGUUUUCCACUUAGUCCAGAAAGAAGUGCCAUAGCUAAGAAAGGAGGAUUUCCAUAUUCGAACACUGAUUAGCUCACUGUUAUCUUUUCUGUAUUAGGAACACCUGGAGACAAGUAUCAAAGUAAUUAAUAAAAUAGGGAUAUGGAUUUUGUAACUGAUAAAAAAGCUAUAGAAUAUUUGAAGAGUUUUCCAAAAAAACCUAAGGUUGCAUUUGUAGAAAUAUUUCCAGGAGCUCCUCCUGAUGCUUUGGAUUUUUUAGAUAAGUGUCUAUAAUUCAGUCCGAAAAUUAGAAUCACUUUGGAUCAAGCUAUUGAACACCCAAUGCUUUAAAAAGUCAGGGAUAAAAAGAAAGAAAUCGUUGCUCCUGGUAUCAAUAUUCAUUAUAUUGUAGGACCUAUAUAUUUAGAUUUCGAAUAAGAAGGUGAUUUAUAAAUUCCGAGAUUAAGAGAGUUAUUUUUAAGAGAAAUUUCAAAAUAUAAACGUUGAAUCAGUGG